AUGGGAAUCCCAUCCCUAACUAAGCAUCUGUCUCAAUACACUGAAACUGUGGUGUUGAGUGGGAAUCCAGUCACUCCAGGUGGCCCUCCCCACGUCCGAUCUGUGGUCAUCGACGGACCAAGUCUAGUGUACCAUGUCUACUACCGAUUACUGGCCUGGGCGGACGUUGGAUACGAUGCACUUGACACUCAACCUUCUUGCGACGAUGUUAGUCGAGGGGUUGUGAGCUUCCUGUUGCAAUUGAAAGACCGCGGAGUUGAGAUUCAUCAAAUAUGCUUCGAUGGUGCUCUGCCGAUCUCGAAACGAGCGACUCGCUUGACUCGAAUCGAAAAAUCUCGGCAAAAGCUGGAAUUUUGUCGGCAAAGGCCAUUUUCUUCAAUGGCCAACAGACACCGCAAGUCGACCUCCAUACAGCCAGUACAGAUUUGGCAGCGCCGGCAUCUCCCCUCGCGGUGGAAGAAUUUACCCGAAAACCCAUUCAUGGUCUCUGCGGUAUAUGAAGAUCUUACUAACCGGUGGAGCAAAAAGUUGAUGGCAACAACUGUUCACCCAUCUGCUUCUCAGCUUGAGGGAGAAUACCCUUGGGCCAAAAUCACAAUCAUGGUUCCUGGAGAAGCGGAUCUCGACUGUGCUCGCAUAACAAAACUAACGGGUUCGGCCGUGCUCACGAAUGACUCGGAUCUGGCGGUCCAUGACCUUGGGCCGCAUGGAGCGCUUGUCUUGCUCAACUCGUUGGAAUUUUUUGAUAAUACACCCAAUCUCACCUCGUCGGAGAUUCGAGGAUUAAAAAUACAUCCUCAUGAAAUUUGUGUCCGGUUGGGGAUAGGAAGCUUGCAACGAUUCGCCUAUGAGUUGACGCAAGAUCCGCAACGCAGCUUUUCAGAUUUAGUAGGCCGGUCAAAACAAGAUCUUGGAACGGAGUCCGUCAUUGACUUCAAUGAAUUCCUCCAGGAAUAUCUUGACAACCCCGAUCAGCAUACGUCAUUGCAGGAUAUUCCAAACGCUCUAGCCUUGGACCCUCGGGUUUCCGAACUGUUUUGGCAAUAUAAGCUUCCUGGAACCUACUGCUGGGGAGCAGGAAUUCAACCGCACAUCUAUCUGGGAAUCUUAGCCGAGGACCAUGCUAGACAGUGCGCAUGGGAACAGGGAAGAAUAUAUCGAGCCCUUGGGUAUUCCCUUCUCAAUUUGGCACAACCCAAAGCCCAUCAAUUUCCUGCCAUCUAUGAGUUCGUGCGCAGAGGCCGCCGAAUUGUUCCGGAGCAGGUCACUCUCAGUCAGGUCAAAACCACUGUUUCAGAAUUAGACUUGCUCAAUAGACGUCUUCGUCUCGCGCGCUCUGUUUUUGGGAGUGAGACGCAGCCUAGCUUCUGGGUAAUGUUUGCUCUAUCCGAAAUUUAUCGGAACAGUUCUAGUCACGCAACACUUCCUGGUAUGAGCCAGUUGGAACGCUUCCUUGCCCAUGGCUUCGCUGAGAAAGGCUUUGAGUGGGUAGAUGUUCAUCUUCUGGCACAGAUUCAUGCUGUACUCUAUUCGCUCCGUAUACUUAAACAACUCUUGAGCGUCACCAAAGAGUUCGAUCUUUCUCGAAAGCAUGAGGACAUACUGCAUGAGCUACCCCCGCUGUAUCUUUUGGUGGGAUCCCGACAUGAUGUAAUGAAAGCAUUUGAUGGAAUGUCUUCCGUCCAUGAAUCAGUUUCCCAGCUGUUUCAGACCUAUGGCUGA